AUCAAAUUAUUUAUUGUAACUCGUCAACACUGAUUCCCAGAGCAGUUAUUUAUACACUUAUUUGUAUAUAUUAUCCCCACCACAUUGGACUGCUUGGAAACAAUGUCGUACGAACAGUAUCAGACUCAUGGCGCCCAAAAUGAAUCUUUUCAAGUUGGCACGUUUCUCCCUUAUUCUAAUGCCGAAACUUUUCUCCAACAGCCAUGUGUCGGUGCACCUUUAUUUCAUCCAGCAAGAGAAGAUGGGCUGUCACAUGUGGAAAUGACUGAUGCUGUCGACUACUUUAGUACAAAUAGCCACUAUCAGCCCAUCCCUUUGAAUACUGACCAUGAUCGUGCUGCUGGUGAAGUUGCAGCCUACAAUCUCUAUGAAGCCAAUCAGAACUAUGCUUGCUGGAAUGAGCCAUUCACUAAAGCCAAUUUCGUGCAGUUUGUUCCUUCAGUUAACACCUACACCGUUUCAUCUGUGAUGCCCACAACACCAGACAUCUCUACUUCCUUUAUGUCGAUAAGGCCAAAGCAUCAAGUGGAAGGAGUAGACCCAAUGAUACUGCCCACUUAAAUUGAUGAAAACCUGAAGACAAGUCAAGU